ACUUCCUGUUGUAGCUCUCCUGAUCGAUAUUUCGCUUACAAAAUGUCUGGUCCGCGCAGGCCACCUCCUCCCAUUCCAAGACCUGGUCACGUUCAAGUCGUGAGAGCUUUAUACAAUUACACUGCUCAACAGCCAGAUGAAAUCAGCUUCGAAGAAGGAGAUAUUUUGUAUAUAAUCGACAGGGGUACUGGUCCAUGGUGGAAAGCCAAAGUUGGGAGCAAGACAGGAUUAAUACCAUCUAAUUAUGUUGGUGAGCACACAGAAUCAGUAGAAAAUCCCCUUCAUGAAGCAGCUAAAAGAGGGAACAUUGGCUUCCUUCAGGAAUGCCUUCAAAACAAAGUAUCAGUCAAUGGUCUUGACAAGGCAGGAGCCACCCCACUUCAUUGGGCUGCACAAGGAGGACACACUGAAUGCGUAAAGAUAUUGCUUGCCCAGCCAAGAAUACAGAUAUCAGUUCAGAACAAGCUGGGAGACACCCCUUUACAUUCAGCUUCUUGGAAGGGUCAUCCAGACAUUGUGGAGUUACUGCUAGAGCAAGGGGCCAGAACAGAUGUACAAAACAAUGAAAAACAAACUCCUGCUGACCUAGCAAGACAUCCAGAAGUUGGUAGACUGUUACGAGGGGCUGUUGAAGCCCCCAAUGCUGAUGAUUAUGGCGAAGAAGAAGAUUCUGACUGAGAUGACUUGAUGGGAGUUUGUUUAAAUGUAAUGAGAAGAGAUUCAACUCGUUAGUUAUCAAACAAUAAUGUGAAAGGACAUUUUCACGUCAGCAUUGCACCAACACAGUACACCUAUUUCGUGUCACUGCUUUCAUAAUUUCUUAGUGUGAGGAACACGCAUACAUAUUUUUUUUAUGAAUAUACUUGUCAAUCAUUGUUGUAGAGGUGAUACUUAAUCGGUGACAUGAGAUACAUUUUAACUUUUUUUUUUGUAAAAAUGUGGUUGUCAAACACCUGGUACUUGUAUAGUUUGUGCAGUGAUCAUGGAUGGAGGGCUGAAAGGCAAUUUUUUUAUAUAUUCUCCAACCCACCGGCACCCUGUAUACUAUGUUUUACAUUCUAGAAUACAUAAAAUGUAGAACACGUAUUCAUUGACAAAAUUUUUAUUACUUAUAGUGUGGCUAUUACUACCAAAAUGUUGUUACUGGUAAAAAACUGACCAGACUGAUAACAGAAAUUUUGGAAUUCAUUCUUGCUUAAUUCCUUUUCAUCAUUGACUGUUUGAUUGCACCAGUCUGUUAAAGAAUGUGUGGAUGGUGCAAGGAAAAAUUAAUAGUUGGCCUUUGUGUAGAGUGAAACAAAGCUUUCUCCAUAUUAUUUACGAUAGGUGAAAGAUAAAGUUUAAUGAUAAUUAUCAGUAAUUUUUUGUGGUGUUUUUAAGUACAACAUUUUGUAAAAAUGAGACAUCUGGUACAGGAACUUAAAAGAAAUUAGCACAGACAUUCCAAAAUUUUAUAGAAUAAAAACAAACAGAAAUCAUAAACAGUAAUGAGUUGAGUUUCUUUCCAGACAGAAGACACCAAGAAUGUUGUAUUACCAUGUAAAGAACUCUGUUCCACUUUAUCAUACAUGUGAACUUGUUACUUUAUUUUGGAAAAAACUUUCAAUAAAUUAAUUUUGCGAUGGGUA